UGGAAUAUGCAUUCAAGCUGCUGGCUUUCCAAGAACAAGUACAAAUUGAAUUCCUUUAAUAUGAACUUGAAGAUAUUUGACCAGCUUCAAUUGGCCAAGCUGUCAGUUAGCCAAUCACUCGUUCAUUCAAUUGACCGAGUCAGCUGCGUCCUUCACUUUGUUGACUUUAAGUUUUGUUGAUCGGAAAUGUCGGGAGCUGCCACGCAGAGUUCAUUCACAAGAAAAGUGGAAGCCAAUGCAAAUAGAAAUCAGAUAAUUGGCAAUGCUGAUAAGCACAUGAGUAAAACAACAGAUAUAGCUGCAGGUAGAUUAUAUUUAAUAUAUAAAUAACUGCGAUAAGCCAGUAGCUUGAUCUGCUGGAACCAACACAAAGUGCUUCAAGAUGUUUAUAAAUGAAAAUGUUUCAAAUUCUUUGCAUGCAAUUGACAUUUUAUGGGCAUCUUUUACGAGCCAAUUUGAAAUAGACUCCCCUGGUAGUGGUCCCGGUAUAAACAAAUUAAUGCCAUUAUUAUUUGCGUAUACAUGAGCUGCGAGUUGCCCUCGAAUUGAUAACAUUGGGUGGCAGCUGAAGAGCUGUCGUAAAACUCUCCAUUCGAUAAUCGGGAUCCAGAUAAUGGCUCGGCCUGGGAAAUAUAAGGCCUGCACACGGUCUGGGGCGGACAUAGUGAAAGUGAAAUUGGUAAAAUCAUGAAGUACCUGCUCAGCGCGGCGCUCCUCCUGGCCAUUGGCCUGCAGCAGAUCGAUGCGCACGGCAUGAUGCUGAACCCGCCGAGCCGAUCCUCGCGCUGGCGCUUCGACGGAUCAGCUCCACAGAACUAUAAUGACAACGAGCUUUUCUGCGGUGGCUUAUAUACCCAGGCCAAUAAUGGCGGAAGAUGCGGCUUGUGCGGCGACAACUUCUCGUCUGGCCAGCCACGGGCCAACGAGAUCGGCGGCCAGAUUGGCGGCGAUGGUGUGAUCACCAAGAGCUACCCAGCCGCAAAUGCCAUCACAGUCGGCGUCAAGAUCACCACGAACCAUCUGGGCCACUUUGAGUUCCAUCUGUGCAACUUGGAUGCCUUUGGAGGCGAGUCCGAGGAGUGCUUCGAUCAGCAUCGCCUGCGCUUCCCCGACGGCAGCGAUCGACUUGAGAUUGGCACCAAGGCUGGGGAGUUCGAUGUGACCGUGAUACUGCCCGAGGGCCUCACCUGCCAGCACUGCGUGCUCCGCUGGACCUAUGUGGGCGCCAACAACUGGGGCAACUGUGAUAAUGGCACUGGUGCCUUGGGCUGUGGUCCCCAGGAGACCUUCAAGAACUGCGCCGACGUGAGCAUCUACUGGGGCCGCAACAUGCUGAAGGAAAUGGCACGUGCCGCGCCUAUUCCCGCUGUGCCAGAGGAGAUUGAAUCCGAAGAAGCAUGACUGAAAGUAAAUGCCUGAACAUUUUGUACAGAAU